AUGAUCAAGCUCGAUUGGGGACACAACGGCGUGUUCCGCCCGAUUCAAACCAUGUCGUAUUCGGCCGCACAUCUCCCGGCGCGAGAGCCCAACGGGCAGCGUGUCUCCGUCGGCCACCGCCUCGACAUCGAGCCCGGUACGCUCGGGACGGCAAAGAUGGCGUCAGAGAGCGCGUACGAUCCUGCUCGUCACCGCCAGUACCGCCUCACGUACAAGGUCCACCGCGUCGGGCUGUUCUCGAGCACGACGUCUGCCCACAUCGCUCCCCUCCUGUCGGAGCUCAACACGACGGCGCUUCCGCCUCAUGUCCGCCUCUUCUUCCCCGCCCUCGACGGCCGCCCUGACGCCGAGCUGUGGACGACCGAGCACCUCCUCGCGACCUCGUCGACCUACUUCCGCGACCUCCUGCACACGGGCCACGCCGAGACCGUCACGAUCGGCGUCAAGCGAGCUCGCACUCGCAGCUCGACUGUCGAGCAGGCCGCCGCAAGCCGCCGCCUCCUGUACAAGGCGCCCAUCGCCAAGCAGCUCAGCGAGGACUCGGACCUUGAGACCGACGCCCUCAUCUUCCGGGGCAAGCUCGGCCAAGUGCCGCCAGCGCCGCACGACCCGCUCGAAGACGCCGAGUUCCCGUACAAGCAGUUCACGAUUGAGGGGGCCGCCUACACGACCUACCGCGCCAUUCUCCUCUACCUGUCGACGGGUUUCAUCCAGUUCGCGCCCCUGUCGUCGUCCUUUGCCACGGCGGCCGAGCCGGGCGAGGCCCGCGCCGCCUCGCUCCUCGCCGCCUGUCAGAAGGACGCCAACCUGCCCGCUCCCGCCUCGCCACAGUCGACCUACCACCUCGCGGGCAUCCUCGGUCUCGAGCUGCUGCAGUGGCUGGCACUGCGCUUCCUGUACGACACAGCACUCACGGCCAGCUCGGCGCCAGGAGAGCUCUUCUCGGAGCUCGCGCGCGACGACGUCGAAUGGCGCAAGGUGGUGAUUCGCUGGAUCAUCGAGCGGUGGGACGAGGUCGAGGGCAGCCAGGAGUGGAAGCAGAUGAUGGAGAGGGUCGAGACGGGCGAGAUCGACGGCGCUGCGCCGACGAUGGUUGAGGUGCUGAGGCUGGUCGCAAAGCGCCAGUACGCCAACUCCUGA